AUGGACACUGUGGAAUACACCAAGUGGGACAGUGGGCCUGAGGAGGCCCCUAAAGGGCACUGGGGACACUGGCAGCACUACAGACAAAGGCUUUUUUCCCUGGCCCUGGCUCUUCUGGUGGCUACAGUCCUCUGGGCUCUCAUCCUAAGCAUCCUAUUGUCCAAGGCCUCCAAGGAGCAAGGGGUGCAGCGGAUUCACCAGGACCAGCUGAGGACAAACGCCUCGAUGCAGUUUGUGAUUCUUGGUGCCUUGAAGGAGGAGGUCGGAGCCUGCAAGAGCUGCUGCUCUGGGACUAACGCACAACUACAAACCACUCUGGUGGAGCUUGGGGAGACACAUAAGAAGCUGAUGCAGCAGGAGAGCACCCUGAACGAACUGCGUGAGCAAGUGACCCAGGGCUUGGCUAAAGCAGGCAGGAACCUGGAGGACAUUCGCACCGAGCUGUUCCGGGAGCUGGAGGCGGUCAGGCACAUGAACAGUUCCUGUGAUCCGUGCCCCACUUCGUGGCUAACCUUCCAGGGUUCUUGCUACUAUUUCUCGGAGCCAAAGGCCACGUGGGAAGCUGCACAAAGCCACUGUGCAGGCAACGGUUCACACUUGGUGAUCAUUGGGAACCUGGAAGAGCAGGACUUCCUGAGUAAGCAUACGCGUGGCCAAGGCUACUGGCUGGGCCUGAGGGCCAUGCGCCAUCUCCGAAAGAUUCGGGGCUACCAGUGGGUGGAUGGAGUCUCACUCACCUUCAGCCACUGGAACAGCGGGGAGCCCAAUGACUCUCAGGGGCGUGAGGACUGUGUCAUGAUGCUGCACUCAGGACUGUGGAAUGAUGCACCAUGUGCCAGUGAGAGGGAUGGCUGGAUCUGUGAGAAGAGGAGCAGCUGCUGA